CUUUGGUGUUUAUCACGCAGUAGGCCAGUCGUAGUGCGCGGGCGCCGGUGUCAGACGUAUUAAUUUAGCAUCCAACAUGGCGGCGCGGACGGUCAGCCGGUGUUUCACCAUCACAAGGAAUUAUAGCUCGAAACCGGACAAACACAUAGCUUUUCUCGGCCUUGGAAACAUGGGAGGUUUCAUGGCUGCCAAUCUGGUCAAAAAGGGCUUCAACGUCCGUGGUUACGACCCGUCAAAAGAAGCGCUGACAGCCGCUGCAAAGGACGGCGUAUCCAGCGCCAGCUCAAUCGCUGCAGCGGUGGACGGCGUCGACGUCGUGGUGUCCAUCCUGCCCAGCAAUAAGGUCGUCCUUGACGCCUACCUGGGCGAUGAUGGUGUUGUCAAACAUGCCCCCAAAGGAUCUCUCCUCAUAGACUCAAGUACAGUGGACCCCAACGUGCCAAAACAGAUUUUCCCUGUGGCCAGCGAGAGUGGGGUCGCCUUUAUCGAUGCACCAGUUUCAGGAGGUGUUAUGGGAGCACAAAAUGCCACCUUAGCAUUCAUGGUCGGAGGCCGUAAAGAAGACUUCGAUAGAUCAGUGCCCAUGCUCGAAGCAAUGGGCGCCAAGCAAUACCAUUGUGGUGCCAGUGGCGCCGGCCAAGUCGCCAAGUUGAGCAAUAACAUGCUCAUGGGUAUAACUGGCAUGGCGACUGCAGAGUGUAUGAAUAUGGGUAUUAAAAUGGGUCUAGAUCCUAAAGUUCUUCUAGAUGUACUGAACAACUCUUCAGCUCGGUCGUGGUCUACAGAAGUGUACUGCCCCGUCCCUGGGCUGGUACCCACCGCGCCUUCCAGCAGAGACUACGAAAAUGGUUUCAAGAACGAACUUAUGGUUAAGGAUUUGGAGCUCGCAAGCUGUAUGGCACUUGGGAUCCGCACACCCAUCCCACUAGGAGCUGUGGCAACGCAGCUUUACCGCAUCGUGCAGUCCCGCGGCUACGGACAGAAGGACUUCUCAUUCAUAUACCAACUGCUGAAAAAUGAGAAGAAGUAGAAUAAAAUAUUAAAUAAUUAA